CACAGACAUGGCGGCUGUUAGGAUGGGAAAGCUGACAACCAUACCUGCAGGUCUGAUAUGUGCAUCUAUAAGUGUGCAUGCAGCUAAAGAAGAAGAAUUGAAAAAGCAUCUAGUAAAACCAGAGCAGCUCCCCACAUAUACCACACCACCUCUGCAGUCUAAAUAUGUUGAAGAACAGCCUGGUCAUUUACAAAUGGGCUUUGCAUACAUUCACACAACAACUGGUCAUUAUAUUGACUGGUGCAAGGGUGUUUAUGUUUUUGUGAAAAAUGGGAUAAUGGAUACAGUACAAUAUGGAAAAGAUGCUUAUAUCUAUCUGAAGAACCCACCUCGAGAUUUUCUUCCAAAAAUUGGAGUGAUUACAGUUUCGGGAUUAGCAGGCUUGUUUUCAGCAAGAAAAGGUUCUAGGUUUAAGAAAAUUGCUUAUCCACUGGGACUGGCCACUUUAGGAGCAACUGUUUACUAUCCAGUUCAGUCAGUAAUAAUCGCAAAGGUAACUGGGAAAAAGGCAUAUACUACAAGCCAGCAAAUUUACGAAGCAGUUAAAUCAUUGUGGACAAAAAACAACAAAAAAGAGUCACUUUCUAAACUGAAAGAAAAAACUAAGAUAGAAGAAAACUCUGCUGAAAUAGAAAUACCUGCAAAAACA